UUUCUCUCUUAACGCUCGGUCUUAUCGUAUUUCGUCAAGACGGUCAGAAACGCUUCGUCGAGGAGACCGGACAACUCGCACAUCCUCCUUUCCGAAGUUCGAGCCGAUUCUGGGGGAUAUCAGCAAAACUUCAUGCGUGUUUGAUCUCGUUUUUGCUGUAGCGGUUAGAUUGUCAUGAUGGAGGGUGACAACAAACCAGUCUACGAGCAGAGGUUCAAUGCUGCUGUUAAAGUGAUCCAAAGUUUACCUUCAAACGGCUCAUUUCAGCCUUCCAACGACAUGAUGCUGAAAUUUUAUAGCUACUACAAGCAAGCAACGCAAGGCCCCUGCAACAUUCCCCGUCCGGGAUUUUGGGACCCUAUUGGCAAAGCCAAAUGGGAUGCGUGGAAUUCUCUUGGCGAAAUGCCGAAAGAAGAGGCGAUGGAGGCCUAUGUGGAAGAUUUGAAACUGAUUCUGGAAAGCAUGCCUGUAACAAAUGAGGUGGAGGAGCUUCUGCAGGUCAUUGGACCGUUCUAUGAGCUCGUGGAUGAAAAGAAGAAGAUAACGCAAGUGUCAGAUUUGAGCACAGGGUUUGGGAGCAUGCUAACGUCACCUCCCAGAAGCGUCACAAAAACCAUCAUCAGGUCGAUGGAGAUGAACGGCAGCCUGGACAGUUUCCCCAUUAAAAUAUCAGAAACUCCAAAGACUAAAUCUAUAGGCAUGGAAGACAGAGAAGAUGAUAAUGAGGAGGAGGAGAAAGACGAAGAAGAGGAGAUUAAAGAGGCGAAAAAAGCCUCACAGCUGAAGAAAAGGACUACCGCAGGGAAACCUAAAGGGCCGGUAUCUAAUGGGAAUGUUGGCCAACAUAAAGUCCUUACCAAUGGAACGCAUGGAUCCAAGUCUGAUCUGAACAGGCAGGAAUCGGAAGAAGACUCAGAAAGCUUUAACCACGAUAGAGAUGUCAUAGAGCUGAAUGGACACAUCAAAGAAGACAUGUCCAGUUGUCAUCACGUGGCCAGUGAUUCGGACAGCGAGGUGUACUGUGACUCCGUCGACCAGUUUGGUGGAGAAGAGGGAUCUGAGCUACAUGUCAGCCAAUCACUGGACGUGGCGGAAGAGAGCCACAGCACACUGUCCUCCACAGGAGAGAUCCGAUCGCAAGAGGAACUGCUGGAACGGGAGGAUGGCGUGCAGCACGGUGGCGAAGAUGGACGGAGCAGCAGAGGCGGUUCUCAGAGGCAGGGACUUCCUGCCAACAGAAGUGACAGUUCUGUGCUCAGGAGGGGAAGAGGGUCCAGGUCACCUGCCUUCGGCUCAGGGUCAGCGGGGCCCCAGCAGGGCGGCGGGGGAGAUGGGGAGCGCUGGGGGACGGAUGGAUCCGUGGCGCAGAAUCUGAACGAACAGAUCAUCUGUGCUCUGGCCAGACUGCAGGAUGACAUGCAGAGCGUGCUGGAGAGGCUGCACACGCUGGAAGCACUCACGGCCUCGCAGGCCCGAUCCUUAGCGCUGCCGUCAGACUACCUGUCACCACCUGCAAAUAAAACGAAGAAGAAGCCGUCCUGGUGGCCUUUUGAUGUGUCUCCUGGAACUGUGGCCUUUGCGGUCAUCUGGCCGUUUGUGGUGCAGUGGCUCAUCCGUCUGUAUGUGCAGCGCAGGAGAAGAAGAAUCCACUGAAAGGAAUGGACUGACGGUUCGACGCAGAGGAGAGCCAUGUUACCCGUUUAGGAGGAGGAGGGUGUUUCUAAGCCUGUCCCGUGAUCUCUAACUCCUGCUUUUGCACUAUGAUGACAACUCUCUAAGAAUUAGCAAUUGGAAAGACCGAGUGAAUGUACGGCGAAUUAGCUUAUCGCAAGCUUUUUUUUUUUGUACCUUUUCUUUUUUUAACGUAAUAAGUCGGAAAUCCCCAGUUUCGCUAAUCAGAACGAACAGUUACGGAAAUCCAUUAUUAAGGGCAUUACAAUAAAUUUCAACGUCUAUAUCAUUCAAUGUCCUGCGCGCAUAGCUGCUAUUUGUUGUUAAUACUGUAGCAAAAUGAAAGAUGCACUGAUGAAUACGGCAAGGAAUAUCUCUCUGAUUCUUUGACAGGAAAGUGCCCAUAUUUGGGGAUCGAACUUUUAAUGGGAAGAAAUCAGGAAGCCCCAAAUUGUUGGAGGUUGUGCGAGUAAGAUUUUUAAAUGUGUGUAAAUAUCUCAAACUUUUUGCUCAAAUGAGCUGUGGUGCUUUAUAAAGCCAUAAUGUCAAAAACAAAAAAAACGAGACCAGAGUCAGAAGGCAAUAUAGAUAAUGACAUCCUUCAUCCAUUCAACCUCCCGACGUGAUGUCUGCGAAGAUCUGACCUGUUUCUGGUUUCCUCAAAAGUGUGUAGACGCAUCUUAAAAACGGCUGAAUGGCGAAAGGAACGGUUCACCUCAAAAAAAUUUACAUUUGCUUCACAUUUAUUGUCCCGCAGGCCAGCCGAGAUGUUGAUUGUUUUUCUUAAUCAGAACUGAUUUAGAGAAAUCGAAUCACUUGCUCACAAAUGGAUCCUCUGCAGUGAAUGGGUGCCGUCGGAAAAAAAUCCAUAUAGCUGAUAAACACACUAGCAAUGCACGUAAUCCACAAGAUACAUAUUUUUAAUACUUAAUUUAAACAUAUGUCUAUCAAUAAUAUUCCUUUUUUCCCAUGAAGUCGUUUUCUUUGAUGUUUUAUCAGCUGUUUGGAGCCAUUCUGACGGCACCCAUUCACCGCAGAAGUGAUUAAAUUCGAUUGAUUACGAUUAAAUAAGCAAACUCCUUUAUAUCGUCAACGGCCGGAGUAUUUUUAUGUUUGGGGCGAACUAUUCCUUUAAACAUAUAAUUUUCAAAAUAAGUGUAAUUCGAAAAAGGCAUCGAUCACACUUUUGCAUCAUUACCGAUGUUGAUUCAUGGCUGUGGGGAAUCAUUUGAAUAUGGAUCGCGUGCAUGAGAAGUUCAAUACCUUUCGCAGGGCGUAAUCGAGAUCGAAAUCUACCCGGGUUGAAUUGCGAAGCACUUUCGAUGAAUUAAGAGCUGAAAUAAUAUUUGUAACGUGUAUAGCCCUAUGACUAACAUAAGGUUGAAAUCUAAUGACUACACGGGCAGUUUUCAUAAAAAAAAAACAACAAAAACUGAAAAAUGCAAGUGUUUUGUUUCAUUGUAGGUUGUGUAAAUUAGUCAAUAAUGUUAAUAAUUCCUUUUAAUAAUUGUAUAUUAGAUACGUGCAAACAUAUACUUGGAGAAAGUUCUAUUUUAAUUGUACUAUACUGUAAUGUAGCAUUUGCAUAUGUUGUUAUGUCUGUAAUACUACUUUGAAUCGUCUGUAGAGCAGGAGGUUCUUGAUUUAAUGCUUUUGUUUAAACUAAACGCGUCAUGUUCCCGUUAACCAUUUCGAAUUUUGCGUAAAUUUGCCUUCAUUGCAGAUGAUCAGUGCAUGUUACACCACUGUCACAAUACAUGUCAUUUAAUAUAUUAGACUAAAGGAUCAUUAAAAGCUUUUGAAAAUCGGA